UUGAACCUGGGUGAAAAGGGAUUGCAUUCGUUAUGGAACUGGGCUACCUCCGGGCGUGUGCCAGGUUCCCCAUCCAAAACCCAUGGCUAAAUAGGUUCAAAACAAAAGUGAAGUAGCCUAGGCUAGAUUAAGCACUUGUAGUAAAGAUUUGCUUGAUAAAAACGCUAUAUCUACCUUCCUAAUGAAAAUUCGUUUAAAAAAAUCGAACAUGUAUUUUAUGGACGAUCGUUCUGUGCUGACAAUUUGACCAAGCGGUACAGAUUGCGGUUCGAUUUGAGAUAGGCGCUCCUCGCUGCGUUUGCCCGUUCACCAUAGAGCGGUGCACCGCGGCUCAGGUUAAUAGAACUCCCUCCGUCUGAAACCGGGUGAGAAAGUUGCCUUUGAGGCAAGCUAACAUUAUAUUUUGUUGUGCUGGUAUAGUGGGGGUUGUUAUUACCAAAACAUUUACGAAACCUUUCUUGCACAACACCCCCCACCCCCAUUUACUCGAAUACAGGUUAUUCUUCGGAUAACGAAUAUUAAUUUAUACCAAGCAUUCACCGCAAGUCAAAUUGCAAUUAACUUCUGUGGAUUUGUUUCAGCAGCCUACGCUUCUCAUGACCGCGUUGUGGGUUUGGCUUGUUGACGAACUGGAGUUUCGGGCUAUUCGGAUAUUGCUGGGUGGACAGGAUUACACGGUCUACAUGAAUAGGAGGACUCGUAGGAUACUUUUUUUUGUCCUCACCUGUUCUUUUUCUCCCUUCUAUGGUUAAUACAUGAUCGUAUGCUGGAGUAGCCUACAGCGAGAGAAAAGGAGAUUCUUACAUGCAUCAUUCACCGGAGCACCGCUGAUAGAGUUGACGGGAGAUCUAUGAGGACAAAUGGUCGGACUUGUUUGUGGCAUUUAACGGACAGUCUCGGAAGGAGCUAGGAUGAGUUUAUCGUAACCUGGAGCAUCCUCGCGCCUGUCCCUAUUUUGUUAGCAGACGGGUUUAUCAGCAACCGGGCAUCUGCCGAGGUAGAACGAUGUAUCCCCAGGGUCGACACCCGACACCCCACCAGGCCCCAGGCCAACCUUUCAAAUUCACCAUCCCAGAGUCACUGGACCGCAUCAAAGAGGAGUUUCAGUUUCUCCAAGCUCAGUACCACAGUUUGAAAUUGGAGUGUGAGAAGCUGGCCAGUGAGAAGACAGAGAUGCAGAGGCAUUAUGUUAUGUACUAUGAAAUGUCUUACGGGCUGAACAUUGAAAUGCACAAACAGACCGAGAUUGCCAAGAGGCUCAAUACCAUCUGUGCACAAGUCAUCCCCUUCCUCUCACAGGAGCACCAACAGCAGGUGAUCCAGGCCGUGGAGAGGGCCAAGCAGGUCACCAUGGGCGAACUCAAUUCUGUCAUCGGGGUACGUGUCCUUCCCGGUCUACCACCCACACAUCAGCAUCUGUCCCACGCGCACGGCCCCCAUGUCCCCCUCACCCCCCACCCGGCUGGGCUCAACCCAGCCCACUUGGGGGGAGGGGCCAGCCUGCUCGCCCUGUCCAGUGCCCUGGGGGCGCCGCCGCACCACCUGGUGGGCAAAGAGGACAAGAAACACCCGGUGGAUGCCGAGCAGCUAAGAGAGCAAGAGCCGGGCACAAGUAAUACCCUGCUGGUUGCUGACAGUUUGAGGAACUCAGACAAGCGACGCAACGGACCUGAAUUCCCAAACGACACCAAGAAGAGGAAAAUAGAGGACAAGGACUCUAGUCAUUAUGAUAGUGAUGGAGAGAAGAGUGAUGACAACCUGGUGGUGGAUGUCUCCAAUGAGGAUCCUGCCUCCCCUCAUGGUACACCCCUGCCCUCCCCCAGAGAGAACGGGCUGGACAAGACACGCCUCCUGAAGAAGGACCAAUCCUGUAGCCCCGCCUCCACAGCCUCCUCUGCAAGCUCCUCCUCCCUCAAGUCCAAAGAGAUGGGAAUGCGUGACAAGCCGGGUACGCCUCAACCGAAGUCGAGCACUCCUACUCACCGAGGAGACUCCACACCCGGACCCAGUGCCACACCCACUCUCCGCCCCAGCCUAUCCAAGCCCCCCUCCAUGGAGCUACCUCACCCACCUACUCUUGUCUACUCCCUAGCCGCUGGUCUGCGGACUCCGCUGGCGGUGUCAGGGCCAUACCCCGGGCCGUUUGGCAUGCUGCCUCACGCCGCCAUGAAUGGGGGGGAGCUGGCAAGUGCCGGCGCAGGCUACGCCGGCCUCCACAACAUGUCCCCUCAGAUGAGCGCUGCGGCGGCCGCCGCUGUGGCUGCCUACGGACGCUCCCCUAUGGCUGGCUUUGACCCUCAUCCUCACAUGAGAGUCCCUGGAAUGCCCCCAAGCUUAUCAGGCAUCCCUGGAGGCAAACCAGCCUACUCCUUCCAUGUUAGCGCCGAUGGACAGAUGCAGCCGGUACCGUUCCCUCCAGAUGCCCUGGUGGGCCCUGGCAUCCCGCGCCAUGCACGCCAGAUCAACACACUGAACCAUGGUGAGGUGGUCUGUGCUGUCACCAUCAGCAACCCCACGCGCCAUGUCUACACAGGCGGCAAGGGCUGCGUCAAGGUCUGGGACAUCAGUCACCCUGGCAACAAGAGUCCUGUGUCCCAACUGGACUGCCUGAACCGAGACAACUAUAUCCGCUCGUGCCGGCUGCUCCCCGACGGCCGGACGCUCAUCGUGGGGGGCGAGGCCAGCACACUGUCAAUCUGGGACCUAGCCACGCCCACUCCACGUAUCAAGGCGGAGCUGACCUCCUCAGCCCCGGCCUGCUAUGCCCUGGCCAUCUCCCCUGACUCCAAGGUGUGCUUCUCCUGCUGCAGCGAUGGGAACAUUGCCGUCUGGGACCUGCACAACCAGACCCUGGUCAGACAGUUCCAGGGCCACACAGACGGAGCCAGCUGUAUUGACAUCUCCAACGAUGGGACCAAGCUGUGGACGGGGGGUCUGGACAACACCGUACGCUCCUGGGACCUAAGAGAGGGACGCCAGCUGCAGCAGCACGACUUCACCUCACAGAUCUUUUCUCUGGGGUACUGUCCGACGGGAGAGUGGCUGGCGGUGGGCAUGGAGAGUAGUAAUGUGGAGGUGCUCCACGUCACCAAGCCAGACAAGUACCAGCUCCACCUCCACGAGAGCUGUGUGCUUUCCCUCCAGUUUGCUUCCUGUGGAAAAUGGUUUGUGAGCACAGGGAAGGAUAACCUGCUGAAUGCGUGGAGGACACCGUAUGGAGCCAGUAUAUUCCAGUCGAAGGAGUCUUCGUCAGUGCUAAGCUGUGACAUCUCAGUGGAUGAUAAGUACAUAGUUACAGGUUCUGGAGAUAAGAAGGCCACUGUCUAUGAAGUCAUCUACUAGACUGCACUGGUGGGCACUAGGAUCAGCAACUGACAACCCAAAGUAGCUUUCACUGUCCUAAAACCAACCCUGGGUCAGGGGAUACUGCAGAAAGUUCUACACCCUUUGACUUUUUCCACAUUUUGUGUUACAGCCUGAAUUUAGAUUUAUUUUUGGUCACUGGCCUACACAAAAUACCCCAUAAUGUCAAAUGGGUUUUUAGUCAAUAAGUAUUCAACCCCUUUGUUAUGGCAAGCCUAAAUAGGAGUAAAAAUGUGCUUAACAUGUCACACAAUAAGUUGCAUGGACUCUGUGUGCAUGGACUCUGUUUUAAAAUGAUUUAUGAAUGACUACCUCAUCUCUGCACCCCACACAGUGCAAUUAUCUAUAAGGUCCCUCAGUUGAGCAGUGAAUUUCCAACAACGAUUCAACAACAAAAUACCAGGGAGGUUUUCCAAUGCGUAGAUGGAUGAAAUUGAAAAAACAGACAUGAAAUAUCCCUUUUUAAAUAACUUCCCAUAGUGAAGUUAUUAGUUACACUUCGGGUGGUGUAUCAAUACACCCAGUCACUAAGAUACAGGCAUCCUUGCUAACUCAGUUGCCGGAGAGGAAGGAAACCACUCAGGGAUUUCACCAUGAUGCCAAUGGUGACUUUAAAAUAGUUUAAUGGCUGUGUUAGGAGAAAUCUGAUGAUGGAUAGCAUUGUAGUUACUCCACAAUGCUAACCCAAUUGACAGUGUGAAAAGAAGGAAGCCUGUACAGAAUACAAAUAUUCCAAAACAUGCAUCCUGUUUGCAACAAGGCAAAGUAAUACUUCAAAAAAUGUGGCUAAGCAAUUAACAUUUUGUCCUGAAUACAAACUGUGAUGUUUGGGACAAAUCCAAUACUUAUGUAAAUGAGAUACUAUUUUAUUUUCAAGAAAUUAGCAAACAUUUCUAAAAACAUGUUUUCACUUUGUCAUUAUAGGAUGUUUGGUGGGUGCCUUUAAACAGUUUGGAAAAUUCCAUAAAAUGUCAUGGCUUUAGAAGAUUCUGAUACGCUAAUUGACAUCAUUUGAGUCAAGAGGUGUUCCUGUGGAUGUAUUUCAAGGCUUCCCUUCAAACUCAGUGCCUCUUUGCUUGACAUCAUGGGAAAAUCAAAAGAAAUCAGCCAAGACUUCAGAAAUAAAAUUGGAGACCUCCACAAGUCCGGUUCAUCCUUGGGAGCAAUUUCCAAACACCUGAAGGUACCACGUUCAACUGUACAAACAAUAGUACACAAGUAUAAACACCAUGGGACCACGCAGCCAUCAUACUGCUCAGGAAGGAGACGCGUUCUGUCUCCUAGAGAUGAACAUACUUUGAUGCGAAAAGUGCAAAUCAAUCACAGAACAACAGCAAAGGACCAUGUGAAGAUGCUGGAGGAAACGGGUACA